ACAAACAGGGAGUGUUGUGUGGAGAGGCCGCGGUGUUCACAUAAGACGCAACGAUAUCUGAUAAUUGGUCGAAUAAACGGCGUGUUUUGCGGACUGUGAUGUAUAACUCGCGUGCAGGGAAGUAGAAGACGAUAUUUCCAGCAUAUAUUUAACGUUACUUAAAAACCCACCGCAUUCAUCAAAUCCAGCAUGCGGCAUUUUCACGCGCUAAUCUUGGAUCUGAAAUGGACACAAAUGCGACCUGAGACACUGAUAUAUCUGUGAUAUUCCCUCACGGUGAUUCUGACUGCAUUGGUGAAGACGAUUGGCAUUCAAGUCAAUUCUUCAUUCAUGCACGUAUCAUACGGAUACUGAAGACCAUCUGUUCGUCUGUUGUGUUAUAUUUAAUUGUCAGUAAAGGACUUGUCCAGUCACAGUGAUUUCAGCAUCACAGCAGUGCCAUGCACCCCCCAUCCAAAAAGCUGAUGCCCACAUAGAGGUCUCUGAACAGACACCCUCUGGCCGCAGAGGAUGCUGGGAAUGUGUCGUGGGCGCAGGAAGUUUGUGGCUGCCUCCCUCGCCCUGAUCUUUAUCCCGGCCCUCACCUGGCUCUAUCUGUCCUCCGCGAACUUCACAGUCAAACCGCUGUCUCUGUCACCGUUGGAUCCUCAGUCAUCGGUGCUGAUCGGUGCGGCCGCCGAGCAUCAGGCUUUGGAGCUGCGGCUACGAGACGUGGAGGAACAUAACCAUGCCCUGCGGAGAGAGAUUAGCCUGUUGCCCAGGGUCCCGACCCAUAGCAGCCAUCAUAGCAACGGUCGCCAAGGCAACCACCUUCACACCCAUUCCACUGAAGAGGGUACAGGUGAUAGUGAGGCUAAAAAAGGAGUUGCCUCGGGCAACAGCUCGGACUGUGUGCCUCAGCCUGUGGUGAACAAAUGUGAGACCAUUCACAUUGCCAUCGUGUGUGCGGGGUACAAUGCGAGCAGAGAUGUCGUCACUUUGGUCAAGUCAGUUCUGUUUCACAGACGGAACCCACUCCACUUCCAUAUUAUCACGGACUCCAUCGCUCGGAAGAUCCUGGCCGACCUCUUUCACACCUGGAUGGUGCCGGCCGUCCAUGUCAACUUCUAUGACGCUGAUGAGCUGAAGUCUGAGGUGUCUUGGAUCCCUAACAAGCAUUAUUCUGGCAUCUAUGGCCUGAUGAAACUGGUGCUGACCAAGACGCUGCCCUCCGACCUAGAGAAGGUCAUCGUCCUGGAUACUGACAUCACCUUUGCCACAGACAUCGCUGAGCUGUGGGUCGUCUUCCACAAGUUUAAAGGUCAGCAGGUUCUUGGUUUAGUGGAGAAUCAGAGCGAUUGGUACCUGGGGAACCUGUGGAAGAACCAUCGGCCGUGGCCAGCAUUGGGCAGAGGAUUUAACACCGGUGUGAUUCUGCUGUUGUUGGACCGUUUGAGGAAGCUGAAGUGGGAACAGAUGUGGCGGCUGACGGCAGAAAGAGAGCUCAUGAGCAUGCUGUCUACAUCACUUGCUGAUCAGGACAUCUUCAACGCUGUGAUCAAGCAGAACCCGUUCCUGGUGCACCAGCUGCCCUGCUUCUGGAACGUUCAGCUGUCGGACCACACCCGCUCCGAGAAGUGCUACAAAGACGUGUCCGACCUCAAGGUGAUUCACUGGAACUCUCCGAAGAAACUGCGUGUUAAAAACAAACACGUGGAGUUCUUCAGGAAUCUCUAUCUGACGUUCCUGGAGUAUGAUGGGAAUCUGCUGAGGCGUGAGCUUUUUGGCUGUCCCAGUGAAACAGACCACAACUCGGAGAAUCUCCAAAAGACCCUAUCCGAGCUGGAUGAAGAUGACCCAUGCUACGAGUUCCGUCGGGAGCGCUUUACUGUGCACCGCACACACGUCUAUUUCCUGCACUAUGAGUAUGAACCAACCUCAGAUAACACGGACGUGACGCUGGUGGCCCAGCUUUCUAUGGACAGGCUGCAGAUGCUAGAGGCCAUCUGUAAACACUGGGAAGGGCCCAUCAGUCUGGCCCUCUACCUCUCCGAUGCCGAAGCCCAGCAGUUUCUGCGAUACGCUCAGGGCUCGGAGGUUCUGAUGAGCAGGAGCAACGUGGGAUACCACAUAGUCUAUAAAGAAGGCCAGUUCUACCCUGUUAACCUGCUGCGUAAUGUUGCUUUGGGGCAGGUCAACACACCCUACAUGUUCCUGUCGGAUAUCGACUUCUUGCCCAUGUAUGGACUCUAUGAGUACCUCAGGAAAUCAGUUGUUCAGCUUGAUAUGGCGAACACUAAAAAGGCUCUUGUGGUUCCGGCGUUUGAAACACUGCGCUAUCGGCUGUCCUUUCCUAAAUCUAAAGCAGAGCUCUUGUCGCAGCUCGACAUGGGCACUCUGUUCACGUUCAGAUACCACGUCUGGACAAAAGGUCAUGCUCCCACAGACUUUGCCAAAUGGAGAACCGCUACAACGCCGUACCGAGUUCAGUGGGAGGCCGACUUUGAGCCGUAUGUGAUGGUCAGACGAGAAAGCCCCGAGUACGACCGGCGCUUUGUGGGGUUUGGGUGGAAUAAAGUAGCUCACAUCAUGGAGUUGGACGCUCAGGAGUACGAGUUUGUGGUUCUGCCCAACGCCUACAUGAUCCACAUGCCUCACGCGCCCAGUUUUGACAUCACCAAGUUUCGCUCAAACAAACAGUACCGCGCUUGUCUGAAGACGCUGAAGGAAGAGUUUCAGCAGAACAUGUCCCGGCGCUACGGUUUCGCCGCGCUCAAAUACAUGACAGUGGAUAACAACAGCUAGCCGAGCACAUGGUCCCAGAAACCGAAACGAGAACCUCCACGCGCUGAUCCUGACGGCACCUUCAGUGGAACUGGGAACGCAGGGUUAUUAGGAGGCACGGCUUGUGAUCAUCCAUUCAUUCAGGGAUCCGACGAGACGUUUAUCAGUGGUGUUUGACACCGGUGCCGAGAAUUAAACUGUUGAUUCCAAGUCACUUUUUGUGAGAAGGCGAGCAGAUUCAGCUAACGGAAACUUCUAGAAUAAAUGAUGUCUGUUGUUACUUAUUAAAAAUGGACAACAACACUGAUGCACUUCAGAUUAAAGCCUUGAAUCUUCUACCUUUUCUCACAUCUGAAUAUCAAUCUAUUGGUAGACCUUAUGCCUCUCUUCAUCUCUACAAUCAUUCUUUCUGGGUCGAAUAAGUUAUCUAUCUCUGUCUAAAAACUGUUUAUCUAACAAUCUAUAUCUGUCGUACUAUGCUGUCUGACAAUCUGUUUCUAUAUCCAUCUAACAGUUUGUCUGAAUCUCUUUGUCUCUCUAUAUAUCAUUUGCCUGUCUGAAACUCUUGUCUAUAUCUCUUUCUCAAAAUACGUCUGUCAAUUUAACUAGCUCUCAUUAUAUCAACAAUCUCUCUCUCUCUCUGGAUUCAAGGUUUCAGUCUCUGUGUCGACAGUAGUGGGAAUUGUGUUGAUUCUCACUGCAGAUGUGAACCGUGUAAUAAACAGGGAUCUUCACUCAUCGGACUGGCAAUAAUCCGUAACGAGAGGCCAAAGCGAACACUUCAUCGAGAUGGCAUCGCAGCACACUAACAGACUUAUGCACUCGAUUGCAGGCUUAAUUAACCAACUUAAUCACUUUCUUCAUUAUUUGUAGAAGAUAGUGGAGUUGAUGGACGUGUCAUGAGUUAUAAUUCCCCACCGGCGAACAACAUGUCUGACUCAGGCUCGUGUUCAGAGAAUACAUCAGCUGGUGUUUUGCCUUUUUUACCACCCUGACUGCACACAAGCUCAACGUGUGUUGGUUUCAUCUGCCAUACGUCUCUAAAACGUGUCCUGUGUGAAGUUAUAUACUGAGAUUCAUCAGUUUACCACCUACAUGAUUGUGAAUUUUUUGGUGAAUCAGAUAUUUUCAAUAUGUUUGUAUGACUUUUUCGGCAGCAUAAGUGUGUAUCAAUGAAGUGCUUUUAAUUACAGUAAGCCUGCGAGAUCUUUUCUAUAAGUUGAGUUCAUUCACAGGAGGACUGCUGCUUUAUUUCAUCUUUCUUUAUUGGUUUUUGAAGGAAAAAUCAU